AUGCCUCCAAUUCAGCGCAACCAAGGCGAAGACUUCACUCAAGCAAUCAAUGACGUCGACAGUGACUCCACCCGCAACUCAGAUGGAACUGAUAGCCUUAGCGACUCAGAUUUGGACGAUGAUGCAGACUUGAUGCGGAUUCGCGACACCAUUGCUGCCCCAACCGCUAACAUGUCAACUCAAGAUCUUCGCAAGGCGCUUGAAAUCGCGCAAAAACUUCUUUUUGACAUGCGUGGAAAGUACCAGGAAUCAUUGAAGAAGAUUGCUUUACUCGAGGCUACCGUUUCGAAAGGUCGGAAGACAAAGCUUACAAAGAAAGAUCUUGCCCUUGCCGCCAAGGAAGACAGCAUCAAAAAUUUUGGACGCAAGUUCUCUAUCACCCACUGCUUAUGGGUCGAAACGUCUAUUUUCCCCUUGCGUGAGCCACCUCCCAGAAUCGACCUCUCAAGCAAGGAGCGAUGGCUCUCACCGCUAUCCAUCCAGGAUGGCAUUAAAGCUGAACUUUUCCAAUUCAUACCGCCAGCUGACCAUAAUAUGAUGGCUCAUAAAAACUUUGGCUCCCAUUUUGUGAAAGGCGUCAAUAAUGUUCGUGCCGAAAUGCUCUCAGAUGUCAAGUCAUGCGCGGCAGCCAUUUUUGGCUUAGAUGCCAAGUUUUUUAUAUGCGGUUAUGCACGGGACACAGAGCCUUCUUGCAAAUCUCUGCUCCUUAACCCCCAAGGCCAGUACACGAAGUUUGCGCCGAUUCUUUUCCCUCGUCCGGACCAUCUCCUCAGAGAUCAGUUUUUGAAAACAGCAAAACUUGUUUAUAUUCUGAAAGUGUCACUCUUUGGCCGGUCGUCGCUCGCUGCCAAUGCAGUUCCCACUCCGAAAACAAAGGCGAAAAUAUGGGAGCUACGUGCUGUAACACCGGGUCUCAUUGCUGCAGCAGCCAUUGUCGCUAUAUUUGUCCUUUCCGGUGACAAAGAGUUGGUUGAAGUUGGCGACAAAUCUCGCAUACCAUACAAAGACUACCAUAACUACUACCGACAAUCGCUGUUGACUGGAGGUGCCUGGGCAGACGGAGUCUUCACCUUUUUCAACAACUCCUUGUUUUCCACUUCUUCUGCCGCAACUCUCCUUGAUUCAGACUCGAUGUUACUAGGCGACUUGACGAGUGGUCCGCAUGACAGCUGGGAAGAAAUGUUUGAGCAUGCAAUGGAGACUGGGGCGGAACUACCAGAACUGAAUAUGAUUCAGACGUCGUUGGUUGGUCCUGUCAUCGAAGCAUCUUCUUCUGCACCCGGACCCCAGUCAAUCUCUGCUGCCAUGCAAGGUCUAGCUUUGGCCGAGCACCUACCACCUGCAGCAGUCGACGAGGAUGUUGAAGCAGAGCCUGUAGCUCCUGUUGCUGCUCAGAAGCCGAAGCCGAAGCCGAAGCCAAGGCGGAAGGGCAAGGCUGCAGCUGCUGACAGUAACAUUUCAGAAGAUCAAGCUCCUGCCAAUGUUGAACCUGAGGUUUCAUCAUUAGUAGUCAGUGGCAGUGGUGUGCGAAGGGGCCGAUCAAAGACCACUAAGUAA